AUGGGUCAAUUUCUCACGAAGCUCAAGUCCCGCCGCGAGUCCACGAUCUCUAUCACCAUACGCAAGCAGACCAAAGACUUUGCCCGCGUGUGGCUCCUCUUCUGCGACAGAGUUAUCAUACAACAGACUGCAAAACAGCUCAAUCCGUCUCUCUACCGCGAUCAUUGGCUAUUCCGAAACGAAACAGGCGUAGAAUUCUACGAAACGCGAUGGACCAACCGUCAGCACAAGUAUCCUUCGAGGCUAGGACGAGCUUUGAUAACGGACAACACUUGCUUGGACAGCGUAUAUGUCACUUUCGACAAGAUCAGCCAGCCCCUCUCCUGCGUGCAAAUUGUCGAAUGGAUCACCGUGAAUCCACGUCCACGCCUCGUGCUCAUCCGAAAGCAGGUCGUACGGGCCAAAGAAGAGAUCCUGCACGAGCAUGACUGCAUCCGCAUCACUGCCUUAGACAACUCGCGAUACGUCUUGGAUCUCUCAGGAUGGCAAUUCGGGUAUGACGAUUACUUCUUCACGUGGGAGGAGUACAAGAGCAAGUGCAUGGCUCCCGAGAGCCCGACCACGGUGCGAAAUCCUGUGGUGGAGAAUAUACAAAUUGCAGAACGAUAUUCCGGGUAUCCCAGUCACCUGGAAACGAUUCAGCUUUGGAAGCAUAACGUUACGCAGGCGAGUGAUAGAAAGUUGCGGAGGAUGACAAGGGGCAUCAAGUUGACCUUGUAA